CUUACAAAUGAAACAAGCAACAACACUGACACUUCAGAGAAUGAUAUUAAUCAGGAAAAAGAAGCGAACAAACAGAACAAGAAACAUAAAAAACAAAAAGAAAAAAAACAAAAAUCCAAUACCAUCAAUGAAAUUCAUAAAGAAACAAUUAAUCAUAAUGAAGAAGAUAACAAUUUCACUGGAAUAGAGGAGAAUCAGGAUAAAGAGGAAACAGAUGAUGAAGGGACACCACCAAAGAAAAGAGCAAAUAUGAAUACAGGAAACAAUUUAAAUAACACAAAAGAAACUCAUAAGUCUGAUACAAAGACUCCAAAACAACCAUCUAAAAGACAAUUAAAAAGAGAAAAAACUGAGAAAAAGGAGAAUGAAAAAAAGAUGGCCAGUAAAAUGGAUGCAAUGAAGAAAGGGCUUAAUUAUGUUUCAAAGUGGAAACAUGCAAGAAGUGAAUGGAAAUUUGAGAAAUUAAGGCAAAUUUGGCUAAUUGAUAAUUUGCUGGAUGAAACCUCUAUACCAGAUGACAUUUUUCCUACAGUGUUAGAAUAUUUUGAAGGAUGCAAAGGAAUGGCAAGAGAACAACUCUUAAAGAAAGGCAUGGAUGUUAUAAGGAAAGUGGAGGAAGAUGAAGAAAACAAGGAUGAAGUGGAAUCUAUUGCUUAUCAAAGGGCAAGGAAACUUCUGCAAGCUUUACCCACUGAAACUUAA